AUGAAGAUCCCUGGUAUCUGCCCACUACCGAUGGAGCUUUCAAACAAAAAUUAUCGAUUGCCCUUUCCAAAUACGGACACGUUUCUAGGUUCCUUCACGGGAAUCGGUUACUUCUACUCAUCUUUCACUCGUCCCGGCGGCUUAGACCUAGCCAAAGACAACAACAAAUGUUCUGAAGUCAAAUCAUUGGCUCUUGGAUUAGAACCCAAAGGAAGCAAGCAAUGUAGCUACAGAUGCCAAACUGGUCAGUCAAACAUCCCAAACCUUCGAGAAACCAAGGAUUUUAUGAAGCAACCCCAACCUCCAAGGAAACAUGCCAAAUGUCACAAACUAGCUCUCAAGUCUUAA